UGGGGGUGUAUUUCCAAUGAUCCGCACCUGCAGUGUCUUGAUUCCCCUUCUACAAUGAGACAUUCAAUAUUGUCGCGUACACAAUCGCGAGGAUUGAACCGCUACGGGAACACAUUUGAGCACAUUCACAAUACUGCAACCUGCUGAACAACGUGAAAUACAUGUGUAUUAUAAAUAUAUCAAAAAAAAUAUAUAAAUAAAAUAAUAAUAAUAACAACAAGUUAUAAAUAAAUAUAAAAAAAUACGAUAUAAAUAAAUUUGUUUCUUUUCAUUCGAGCCCAAAUAAACAAGAAGAGGGAAAUAAAUUUAUAAACAAUUAUUGUGAAAGUGUUAAAUAUUUAUUUUUCAUUAUAAAUAAUUUAUCAAUAAUUUAAUUACUUUUUUUUUUAAAUUUUAUUUUUUUAUUUUGCAUAAUAAUAACGUUAAAUAGAGAACAAGUCAACGUCCUUAUCGUCAUACUUUUUAGACUUUUGUUCUCUUUUUUUAAAUUAUUUUUUUUUUCAACAAGUGUGUGUGUGUAAAAAAAAAUAAAAAGAUAAUUAUAAUUCAAGUGUAAUUAAACGAUAAAAAAAAAAAAAAACAUUAAGUGAAAUAUUUAACAAUUUAUUAAGUUAAUUAUUUUAGUGUAAAAGAGGUUUUUUUUAAAUUUUUUAAAUUCAACGCGAAUGUUUGAUAUUUUGUGCAUUUAAAUCAUGGAAAAUUUUUGGGAUGAAAAUUCGACACAUUCAAUGCAGGUCAAGUACGAAAAUCUUGAUGGAAGAUCAUGCAAAGAUGAUAUUUAUCGAAUGGGACUUGGUACUGGUUACUGUACCGUUGAGAGUAAUCUCAACUUUACAACUGCAUCUGAAGAUGAUGAAGUUUAUGCCAAGAAAAAAGUCUCAAGACAAGAUCCAAUGUCUCAUCGAAUCAUUGAAAAACGAAGACGAGAUCGUAUGAAUAAUUGUCUUGCUGACCUCAGUAGAUUAAUACCAGCAGAAUAUUUAAAAAAAGGCCGUGGGAGAGUUGAAAAAACUGAGAUUAUCGAAAUGGCUAUACGGCAUAUGAAACAUCUUCAAGGAAUUCAUCAAGAUACAAAACAAAGUCAACAAGUUCAUCAACAUACUGAUGACAGUAUUGACAGUGUACCACAUUCACCACCAACAACAUCAUCAAUAUCAAGUGAACAUUAUCGUCUUGGUUUUCAAGAAUGUCUAAGUGAAACAACUCAGUUUCUCGUUGACGUUGAAGGUUUUUAUGCACGUGAUUCUCUAUGUCUUCAAUUGAUGAAUCAUUUGCGACAACAUUGUGAAAAAAUAUUAGCAACAAAUGAUCGACUUGGUUUUUCACAUCCAGAAUUAUCAACAACAAAUAUAUCAAAUGUUACAAAUUAUAAUCAUACAAGUAUACAAAAUAUUUGUCAACCAACAACACAAUCUGAUCAUGGUUCAAGUUCAGGUGUUAGUUCAUUUGAUGAUCCAGAACGUUCACGUACAAUAAUACAACCACCAACAAUUAUCAGUGAUGAUAGUAAUCAUAGUUUACCAUCAAAUAGUCCAAAAUUAUUAUCAUCAUCAUCAUCAUCAUCAUCAUCAAUCAAUAAUAUAACAAGACCAACAAAUUAUAAAUUUAAAAGUUCAAUCAAACAAAGAUUUACAGCUGAAAGAAUUAAAUCAAGUCCAUCACCUGUAUCAGAAAAACAACAUGGCAUACCAAUAUUUGCAUUACAUGAUGCUGGAUCAUUUUAUAUACCAUUAACAAUUGAAUCAUCAUUAUUAAGACCACAUUUGGAUUUCAUAUCUGAUACUAAUAAUGAUACUGUACUUCAUCCUGUUACAAUAUCUGUUAAUUUUAAUCAAACACCUUCAAAUAUUUGGUCACAGCAGCAUCACAAUACAAACGGUCAUGAUCAUAUUUAAUUUUACAAAAUUUAUUAUUAAUUUUAAAUAAAUAAAUAAAUAAUAAAUAACAUCGAUAAUCAUAUUGCAAGCAUUUACAAUUUUUAAAAUAUUAAAAAACAUAUUUUUUAAUCAAUAUCAAUAUUAUUAUAUUUUAAAAUAUUAAAAUUAUCUAAUUUGUUGAAUUUAAAUUUUUAUAAUUAGUAUUAAAUAUUAUUUUAAUCGAUGAAAAUAUUAAUUAUUAUUUAUUUAUUUAUUUUUCAAACAGCAGUAUUGCUGUAUGUGAUUUAAAUAUUAUUUUUUAAAUAGACACUAUUUGUCUAGCUAAUAUUUUUUUCUACUAAUUACUUUUUUUUUUUCCUGUAAAUAUGCAAAAUUUACAUGAUAGAAAUUCGAAAUUUCGAAAAUUUCGAUCAUUUAAAAUUGAAGAUAAAUUAAUUAUAAUAAAAAAAAAAGAAAGGCCCUCAGCAAUUUAAGACUGAUCGAGACCUACAUUACAUUAUUUCAUUAACAAUUAAUUAUUAAAUAAAUAAUUGUAUAUAAAAUAAAUUAUAAAAAUAAAUUAUAUAUUUACUAUUAAUUAAUUUAAUUAAUUCAAAUUUGGGUUAAAUAAAUAAUUCAAUUGUGUUUUCUUUUUGUUUACACGUGCAUGAGUAUGUUUUUUUUUUAUAUUUAUUUAUUAAUAAUAUAUGUCAAAUAUUAAAAGCAACUAGGAAUGGAUUUUAUUUUUUUUUUUUCUUAAAAUCACAGAGGGGUACAAUUUUAAAGUUACAUAGUCAAUAUUUAGUUCCAAGGAAUCACAGUGAUGACAAGUUUAUGACCUCAUUCAUUUUCAGUCUAAUUUUUUCAUGUUUGUAUAUUUUUUUUUUUUUUAAAUCUUUUUACAAGAUUAAAGUCUUUAUGUAAUUUAAUUUUUCUUUUUUUAUUUUUACUUGAAUAUCUGUUUUUCCUGGCUUGAAAUGAAAUAUUUUUUCAUUUUUUUUUUUUUGUAUUUUUUGACUCAAUUUUAAUGUUUAUAUUAUUGUGCCCUAGCAUAUGUGCGGUGUAUGAGAUGCAUAAGUAAAUAGUAUUUGUAAAUUUGGAUAAAUACGUGGAUUAAGUACGAUUGGAUAAUUUAAAGGGGUCAUUAAUGAGCAUGGUAUAUUUAAUGUAUAUGUAUUAAGUGUUAUAAAAUCAGUUUUUGUCCUUGAUUUUUUA